AUGGAUGCCGUAUUGCGAAAGGUGCAGGAGAAAAUCCAGCAGAACUUUCGUCGCGGUGGAAAAGGAUCGAGAUUCUUCAGCACCGCAAGGCGCGGCGAAGGCGUGGAGCUGCACGAGGACCUCAACAGCAACGACAGGGAGAGGCAGAAGAAUGCCGUGAAACGCAUCAUCGCUGGCAUGACGAUGGGCCGUGAUGUCGGUUUUCUCUUCAUGGAUGUUGUGAAGCUCGGCCAGACACCAAACCUUGAGCUCAAGAAGUUGGUUUACCUCUACGUCCUAAACACAGCCAAGCUGCAGCCGGACAAAGCCCUCAUGGUGGUCAACACCUUCCUGCAGGACACAACCAACAGCUCCCCCAUUGUACGUGCGCUUGCGGUGCGCACGAUGCUGUGCAUUCGUGUGGAGGCAGUAACCGAAUACACCCUAGAGCCUCUCCGACGCGCAGUCACGGACCCUGACCCCUACGUUCGUAAGACCGCAGCCAUCGCCCUUGGAAAGUUGUUUCAUCAAAACAUGCAGCUUUUUAUGGAUCAGGGGUUCGGUGAGGAGCUUUUGAAGCUGCUGAAUGACGUGUUCGCCGUUGUCUCCGCCAACGCAGCGGCUGUUCUAACGGAAGUGAACAGCUGCAGUCCAACCCCCAUUUUGCCAACCGGUGAUUACAUCAACCGCCUGCUCCAUCACCUACCAGAGUGUACAGAGUGGGGUCAGUUGUCCAUUUUAGAAGCCAUUGCCGACGCAAAGCCAAAGGACGCAGGGGCGGCGGAGGACAUCAUCACCCGAGUGCUACCGCGACUUAGCCACAGCAAUCCUUCUGUUGUGAUGGGAGCUAUCAAAGUCAUCGUGAAUCUUGCCAACCGAUGCAAUGCAGUGGCAGUGAGUCAUUACAGCGCAAGGGUGAAUUCCGCCCUUGUAACACUUUCGAGGGGAGAUCCAGAGACGCAGUACGUUGUGUGCAAGAAUAUUCACGCUAUUUUGGUGAUAUUCCCCAAUUUAAUUUGCAACAGUCUUGACUCUUUCUACGUCCGCUUUACAGACCCGCCCUAUGUUAAGCUGGAAAAACUGCGACUUUUGCUGAAACUUGUCACACCCUCUACGGCGUGCCAGAUAUUGAAGGAGUUGGAGGAGUACAGCUCCGAAGUGGAUUUGGUUUUCGCAGAAGAAGUUGUGAAAGGCAUUGCUACAGUUGCGUUGAAAAUUGAGUCGGUUGCCCCAAGUUGUGUGGAGUUGCUGCUACGCAUUGUUGGCAGGCGGCCGGAACUGUUGCCGCAGGUGAUUACAAGCUGUAAGAACAUUGUUCGCAAGUAUCCGGAACAACUCGUCCUGGAGACUCUUAUUAUUGAGCACGGCGCCGAUGCUGUCGCUGAGGAAGAUGCGAAGGUGUCACUCAUCUGGAUGCUGGGCGAGUUUUGUGACUUUAUUUCGGAUGGAAAGUCUAUCAUUACACGCUUCAUCGAUGAGUUGAUGUCACACGAGCAACCGGUGCAAAUGGCAAUUCUUAGCGCCGUUAUUAAAAUGUUCUUGCGUGACCCUGUGGGGAUGGAGCAGACACUCAAUGUUGUGCUGGACACCUUGACGACACGAAGCAACGACCCCGACCUUCGUGAUCGCGCCUACGCCUAUUGGCGGCUUCUCUCAAAGGGUGUUGGAGUGGCGAAGAUGAAGCAGAUUGUGCAUGGCCACCAGGUCCCCAUCACCGUGGAGUCCACAUUCAGCGAUGCCAUGACCAUGGCGGACCUCAAGAAGUCUAUCAACACAGCGGCCGUAGUUUUUGGUAAACCGUUCCAAUCCUUUCUUCCGCCGUAUGGUCUUGUCAACGAGGAAGCCAGUGAAGAGGAAGAGGAAGAGGUGGAAGAAACCAGCGCCGUGUCUCCGGCGGCCGUUGCCUCUCCUACUUCAACCACUUUGCCGGAAUAUCCCGCCCUAGAAGACAACGGCCCUCCUGUUGUGAAGCAUGUGGAUCCACUAAAGGAAUUCUUUGGCGGGCUACCUGUCACCACCACCGCUGCGCAAGAGAGUCAGACAAAAGAACAAAAACAGCAAAAGGGAGGAUUAUCAUUAAAUCCUUUGGAUUGUUUUGGUGAACAACGACAACAACAACAACAACAACAAAAUCAGCAGCCUCCGCUUCCACCGCUAGUACUCCCAGCAGGAAGUGUUGAUGUGGCCAUUCACGGCCAGCUGUCGGAGGGACCCGCGCUGUGGAUCGCCCUGGUGAAUCAUCAGGCCGUGGCAAUUGAGCAAAUAGUGCUGCAGAUAAAUUUGAACAUGCUGGGAUACCUUCCCGGAGUUGCUAUUUCUGAAUUUAUGGCUUCCGUGCCUGCUGGCGAAACACGAUCAGUGAAAUUGCCGCUGAGGGUAUCUCAAGGGCACUUUGACGUGGCGCGUCCAGUACUGGAGGUUGGCCUUAAGGGAAGGAACUUACCACUACUUUUAUUCCAUUUGGAGGUGCCGGCGGAUAAAAUUUUGGUGCAUUCCAGUCCAAUAGAAAAGUCGGCCUUUGUGGCUGAUUGGCAGGCGCUGAAUUCUUCGGUGGAGGUUAAAGAGCCGCUCGGCGAAUUCGGGGAAAAUAUGCUUGCUUCGCCAGAUCGCCGCGGCAUUCUCGAGCAAAAUCAUGUCUUUCUCCUAACUCCAGAGCGUGAUUCGGGAGACAUUAUUUCAUAUUACGGCAAAGUGACCACUACGCUUGGGCUGCAUGGAUUAGUUGAGAUUCUUCUUGACAAGAAAAGGCCUUUGCAAAGUUACGUUUGUGUCAAGAGUCAACAUGUGGGUUCCAUCAUGCCAAUUUUUCUCAAGGUGAUUCAGAGUGCCUUUCCGAAGAAGACGGUGGCCAGCGUGGGCGCGACGGCGGGGGGGACGCUCAGUGAUUGUGACGCGGUACUGGACCAGUGGUUUGCCUGA